CUAAUUUUAUUUCCGUCUUCUGUUUAAUCUCUUCGUCUUCAAGACCAAGCGAGAGAGAGAGACGUCGGGGCGGCUGCUACUUAGGUUUCAGUUUUUGAAGAAUGGUAAGAAUCAGUGUGCUCAAUGAUGCUCUUAAGAGUAUGUACAAUGCUGAGAAGAGAGGAAAGAGGCAGGUUAUGAUCAGGCCUUCUUCUAAAGUUAUCAUCAAGUUCCUUAUCGUCAUGCAAAAGCACGGUUACAUUGGCGAGUUUGAGUAUGUUGAUGACCACAGGUCUGGUAAGAUUGUUGUUGAGCUUAAUGGAAGGCUGAACAAGUGUGGUGUUAUCAGUCCUCGUUUCGAUGUCGGUGUUAAGGAGAUUGAAGGAUGGACUGCUCGUCUACUUCCUUCUAGACAGUUUGGUUACAUUGUUUUGACUACCUCAGCGGGAAUCAUGGAUCACGAAGAAGCGAGGAGAAAGAAUGUUGGUGGCAAAGUUCUUGGGUUCUUUUACUGAAGCAGGUUCUCGAGAUCUAUCUUAUCGGGUUAUAGUUUGGUUCUCCUUAUGUGGAGGGAGUGAGUAAGUCGAUUGACCUCACUGUUAAAGUAGUAGUUUUGUAUGUGGUUGGUUACUCGGAUGCUUAAGAACUUG